AUGUCAUCGGAACAAACCCAACUCAGUGCAGAAUCGGCCAGCGUCCGCUCUUCUGUGGAGGGAGCUUUUACUGAACGACUUGCUGUCGGACUGCAGGAGCUGAAGAGCGGCGCAGUUCUGUGCGACGUGGUGCUGAAAGGCGCGGAAGAGUCAGACGUCGGGAUUCCCUAUCAUCGUGUGGUGCUCAGCGCCCAGAGCAGCUACUUUCGCACCAUGUUUGCAUCAGACUGGAAGGAGUCUUCGCAACAAGAGAUUCAGCUGCACAAUAUUCCCGGUAACACGCUGCGCAAGUUGGUGGAUUUUGCGUACACUGGACAGAUUCCUGUUGACGGCGAUGAUGUGCAGUCACUUCUGGCUGCGGCCAUCUUUUUGGAUUUCUCUCCGGUUGCUGCGCUGUGCUGGGACGUUUUGGAAAAGCACAUGGAUGUGUCCAGUUAUCUGCAGGCUUAUUUGUUGGCCAAGUUGCAUAAUAAUCCGCGUCUGGCUGAGAAGACCAAGCGGUUGGUCCUCCAUCAUUUCGUGCAGAUUGCGCAGAGCGCAGAAUUCAAGCUUGUCAACGCAGAAACGAUCAUUGAGUUGGCUGUAUCGGAUGACUUAACGCGUUGAGAGCGAGGACGAAGUGUUCGAGGCUGUGAAGCGUUGGUACGAAUACGACCAUACCGGACGUCAAGCGCAGCUGUGGGA